UCUGAUGCUGUCAACCGUCGAUUAGCAAGAUGAGCACACACACAUAAAGGCUCUACGUCACCUUGUGGCUCAGUGUCAGGCGGAACAUAAAAGGUGUUUCUAUUAUAAAUACUGUAUUAUAUUUCACUAGAAUUUAACCCAUGAAUACAGGCUGGUAUGUGUCGGUGCUGUGGACAUAGCUAGUAGCAGCUAGCUAAAUUGCGAGCUAACCGGGCCGGGUAUAGCUGGCUGUGUGUGCAUCCUCCAUGCACACAGGAGCAUACAUGUGUCACAAACACGGUCGUGGUGUGGGUGAUCCUGACUCCGGCGACGAUGCGCAAGGACGUGAGGAUCUUACUCGUUGGGGAGCCCAAAGUGGGAAAGACGUCUCUGAUCAUGUCCCUGGUCAGCGAGGAGUUCCCAACUGUGGUUCCGUACCGAGCUGAGGAGAUCACCAUACCUGCAGAUGUCACUCCAGAGAGAGUCCCCACACACAUUGUGGACUAUUCAGAAGUGGAGCAGACAGACGAGCAGUUGUUUCAGGAGAUCUCCAAGGCAAAUGUGAUAUGCAUUGUGUAUUCCGUCAACAACAAGACAUCUAUAGAGAAGGUGACCAGCUACUGGAUCCCACUCAUUACUGACAACACUGACAAGGACAGCAGGGUUCCUCUCAUCCUGGUGGGAAACAAAUCGGACCUAGUGGAGCACAGCAGCAUGGAGACCAUCCUGCCCAUUAUGAACCAGUACAGUGAAAUUGAGACCUGUGUUGAGUGCUCAGCAAAGAAUCUGAAGAACAUCUCAGAGCUGUUUUACUAUGCCCAAAAGGCAGUUCUCCACCCCACAGGACCCCUCUACUGUCCUGAGAAUAAAGAUAUGAAGCCACUUUGUGUAAAAGCGUUGACUCGAAUCUUCAAGGUGUCCGAUUUGGAUAAUGACGGGAUUCUCAACGAUAACGAGCUCAACCUCUUCCAGAGAACAUGCUUCAACAUGCCACUGGAACCGCAAGCGUUGGAGGACGUCAAAAAUGUUGUGAGGAAGAAUAUGACUGAUGGUGUAUGUCACAACGGCCUCACUCUGAAAGGCUUCCUGUUCCUUCACACCCUGUUCAUCCAGCGAGGUCGCCAUGAAACCACAUGGACGGUGCUGAGGAGGUUCGGAUAUGAUGACGACCUGGAGCUAAAUCAAGAUUACCUCUUCCCUCCACUGAAAAUUCCUCCUGAUUGCACCACUGAGCUCAACCACACUGCCUACCUCUUUCUCCAGAGUGUCUUUGACAAGCAUGACAAGGACCGUGAUUGCGCCUUGUCACCUGAGGAGCUGAGCGACUUGUUUGACGUUUUUCCCUACAUGCCCUGGGGUCCUGACGUCAACAACACAAUCUGCACCAAUGACCAGGGCUGGAUCACGUACCAGGGAUAUCUCUCACAGUGGACGUUAACAACUUAUCUGGACGUCCAGCGUUGCCUGGAGUAUUUGGCCUAUCUUGGCUAUUCAAUCAUUGCUGAACAGGAGUCCCAAGCAGCAGCCAUUACCGUGACCAGAGAUAAGAAGAUUGACUUGCAGAAGAAGCAGACUCAACGCGGCGUCUUCCGAUGCAACGUCUUUGGAGAUGUUGGCAGCGGCAAGAGUGGUUUCCUCCAAGCCUUCCUGGGGAGAAACCUGAUGCAGCAACAAAAGAUGAUCAGAGAUGAACACAGAUCUUACUACGCCAUCAGCACAACUUAUGUUUACGGUCAGGAGAAAUACCUUCUACUGCAUGAAGUGUUCCCUGACUUUGACUACCUGUCUGACGGCGACCUGGCCUGUGACAUCGUCUGCUUGGUGUAUGACGUCAGCAACCCUUACUCCUUUGAUUACUGCGCCAAAGUCUUCAAGCAAUACUUCAUUGACUGCAAGAUCCCAUGCAUGAUGAUCGCGGCCAAGUCGGAUCUACCUGAGACCAAACAGUUCUAUGCCUGCAGUCCUUUGGAGUUCUGUCGGAGGCACAAAAUGCCACCCCCGCAGUCGUUCACUUGUAACACUGCAGGGGCUCCCAGCAAAGACAUUUACACCAAACUCACCACCAUGGCCGUGUACCCCCACGCACGACUGCGCUGCAUGUGCACAUGUAACCGGUGCACCUUCUGCUUGUGUCAGAACUUCCUCAACUCUGAGCUGCUGCAGACGGUCAGAGCCAAACUCCAUGCUGUUGUUCUGCGCAGACACAUGAGCCAAGCAGACCUGAAGAGCUCCACCUUCUGGCUGAGAGCGAGCAUCGGUGCUACUGUGUUUGCCGUGCUGGGCUUUGCCAUGUACAGAGUUCUGCUCAAAGCACGGUGAUCACUCUUAUUACCACCCAAAGCAUAUGGAGAUUUUGGACGAAUGUAUGCAUUCAUGUCCAUCACACACUUUUAAGAUGGCGACCUCACACUCCAACUGACAUUUUGUAGAAACUCUUUCCAGAAGAGUAGAAGCUGCAAAUGAGGAACGGCACAUCCAUCCUGUCCUAAAACUUUUGUCCAUAUAGUGCAAUCUGUAACCCUUACAAAUUUUUCACUCCAAACUAUACACUGUUCUUCAGUGUGGCAAGUUGCAAUAUUUAUUAAUUUUGUUUUUGAAAGUAUAAUUUGGCUUUCAUGUGGUUGUCUGCAAAAAAAUAUAUAGAUAUAAUAUGUUUAUACUGGAAGGUUGUGGAAGCUGCUGAUAAAAAAAAGAGUAAAUGGUACAUAAAUGGCUAUUUUUUGGUUGAAAUCUAUGCGUGAGAGAGGCAAUAUUAAGAUUAUCUAUAGUGUACAUACUGUAAAUGACGUGUGUUUGACAGUAUGAGUUUUGCCUUACACGGCCAAAAUGUGUGGAUGCACAUUGAACCUGUGAGCAGGUUAGGAUGCAUUGCAUUCAGCAAUACUAGUUUGCAUGUUUCAUCAUUCUCUUCAAUGUUUGCUACCGUUACCACAUGCUCAUGUCAUGUCAAAACAUCUCCAUUGAAGUCCCAUCUUAUAGUUACAGUAUGUAUAGUGCAAAAGACACAACAGUCUAUCAAUGUGCAACUACUUGCAAUAGGGGGAGGGGGAGGGAUUGACAAUAAAUACAUGUUUUAAGUGUCUCAAGUCUGUAUUUCAUAGGUGCUUUUUUCUCUCGUUAAAGAGGUUCAGUAAAGGUCCAGAUUCUAACACAAAUGCUGUACCUAUUGAUGAAAAUAGUCUAAAGCAGGGGUCUCAAACACACGGCCCGCGGGCCAAAUGUGGCCCGCAGGACACUAGUUUGAGGCCCCCGCCUUGAUAUGAAAGUUUAAUGUUAGCGCGGCCCGCGCAAGUUUGAUAUGGAUGCUGUAUGGUAUCAUGUACCCAGAAAAAAUUAUUACGUUUGAUUCAUGUUCAUGUUAAAGGUUAAAUAACUGUUAAUAGUUAUCCUCCCUAUCUGUGUGGAAGUGGUAAGUUUUUGGCUAUUUAAGUUUAAAGGAAAUAACUUGAAGGCUACCGUUUAGGUCGCUAGCUCUCUAGUUUGCGAGUUAGCAUGUGUCUCAAAACCCUGCAGUUGCGCAAUAUGUUGUAAAUAAAAAAAAAGAGUAUAAAUGUGACUAUAGUCGUGUUUUGUCAUGUCUACAGGGCUCU